CCGCCUCCCGCUCCCAGAGGCCGGGUGGGCGGCGGGAUGGCGGCGGCAGCGGCGCGGGGCCGGGUGCUGUGCCUCUUCGACGUGGAUGGGACCCUGACACCGGCUCGGCAGAAAAUCGAGCCGGAGGUGGACGCGUUCCUGCGGGAGCUGCGGGAGAGGGUGCACAUCGGCGUGGUGGGAGGCUCCGACUACGCCAAGAUAGCCGAGCAGCUGGGGGACGGCGAUGAAGUCAUCAAUAAGUUUGACUAUGUCUUCGCAGAGAAUGGCACAGUGCAAUACAAGAAUGGGCAGCUGGUCUCCAAACAGGCCAUUCAGGACCACUUGGGAGAAGAGCUGCUGCAGGAUCUGAUCAACUUCUGUCUCAACUACAUGGCGCUGCUGAAGCUGCCCAAGAAACGAGGAACCUUCAUUGAGUUUCGCAACGGGAUGCUGAACAUCUCCCCCAUCGGACGCAGCUGCACCCCAGAGGAGCGAAUCGAGUUCUCCGAGCUGGACAAGAAAGAGCGGAUCCGGGAGAAGUUUGUGGCAGCCUUGCAGAGGGAGUUUGCUGGCAAAGGCCUGCGUUUCUCUCGAGGUGGCAUGAUCAGCUUUGACGUCUUCCCAGAGGGCUGGGACAAGCGCUACUGCCUCAACGUGCUCGACGACGAGAGAUUCGACACCAUCCACUUCUUUGGGAACGAGACGACCCCUGGAGGGAACGACUAUGAGAUCUAUGAUGAUCCCCGCACAGUGGGACACAGCGUCCAGAACCCACAGGACACGGUCCAGCGGUGCCGCGAGAUCUUCUUUCCGGAGAGAGCAAACGAGUGCUGACUGCCUCAGGUCCCGCAGCCCUGCCCCAGCCCUGCCCUCGCCCCCGCCAGGAAAAGCACCUUCACUUGAGGAAUCUGCUCAGGGUAGACUGGAAAUCCCCGCUGUCCAGAGCUGGUUGGGAUGUAAGGCGUGAGCGCAGGUGGGUGCGCAGGAGGGGGCUGUUGCUGAACAGCCCUUUGGCACUCCCCAUCUGCGGCUGGGGCUCAUAGGACCAGACCCUCCUUGCCUCCAGAAAAACUUCUCUCUUGACAGUUUGGGCUGUGGUGGGCAGCGGUGCAGAUGCUUUCUUGGUCAGAAAGCAUUGAAAGGGCCAGUCACAAGAGUGUGUGUGUGUCCAUCCCGUGCUCCCUCCUCUCUUCUCUUCUUUUUCGCCCUGUUUCUCGUAACACCUCUGCACGAGGGAAUAUGUAUGUGUCUCACCUUUCUCUCCCCUUUGCACCAUGGCUGGGGAGGCUGGGGCUGCUGAGGCCCCAGGCACCCUCCCUGGAGCUGCUCCAAGGCAGGAAGCCAGGAAGGCUGUUUUCUCCAAGUAGGAAGGGGUAGCUGUGACCCCAGCUCAUUGCAGUGCUGGGCAUCCUAACAGAGGGGGUCACCACGUCCUUCACCUCAAUGCCACGCCGUGCCAGUCACUACAGGUGGCCUGGGACUGACAGUUUUAAAAUGACUGGGCUCCUGCUCUGAGCUUUGCUCAAGUGCGUGAAGAAACUAAUUCUCUCUUUAGCUUACAAAAAACCCCAGGAUUUGUUUCCUAUGUUCCCAAAUCAGACCUUGCCUGGUGUGGCUGGAGGACGCCAGUCACCUGAUGUGUGCAGAGCACUCUGUGGAGCAGCUGUGGGCAGGCGGCUUCCCAGUCCUAUACCCGCUGACAUGCCUAUUAGUUGUCACAGGUGUGUCAGUGUAAAACCUUACCCAGGGCAUUCAUAGCAGACAAGGUCACCUUCCUUCCCAGUGCUCAGCUUUCCAUCCUGCUGCCAGAGGCAUUCUCGGAACGGGCCAACACAGGCCAGACCUGGUUCGUAGUGCCAAUGGAGGUACCCCCUCCACAGUGUCCUCCAAGCUUGCUUUUCCACCCCAUCUCAUUCCACACACUCAGUUUACAUGGUCACCUUUAGGGAGGCAGGAUCUCCAGUACAGUGGUCGUGUGUCCUGCUCCUCUCUUCUCCCGGGUCUCUCCUUCGGCCCGUGACUUCCUCCUUCAUGUUGCCCCUUUAUUCCUGGCAGCUGUGCUGGGACAUGUGGCUGCACCAAUGACACUAGUCACAACUUGGUACUCCAGAGAAGCUCAGGGAUCCCCUCCAGGGAGAUGUCCACUUAUAGCUACCCAGGGCACACAGAUCUGGUGUUUGUGGACCUAGAAUAUAACGAAGGUUCCUGCACACACCACCCCUCAUUGCUCCCCAGGAGCCUUUCUCACCACGUCCCUGCUGGUAUGGCACUGCCCUGUCUCUCGGUCCUGUUUUCUCUCCCCUUUUUCUCCUGUUCCUGCUGUCCUUGCCAUUGCUCUUCAUCUCCCACCUAAUAGGGGGACUGCAGAGAGAAGUUUCUCAGCUGGCUACCACCACUGUCACCAAGGGACCGCAUGCACCAGGUGAGAUAUGUUGGUGCUUUUAGACCCAGGGCAGAGCUCCCAUGUGGCCAUGGGCAGAGUCCUGAGUGGUCCUUGGCACUGCUGCCUGGCUGCAUGUGCAGGGGUGCUGCAUGACCAGUGCUGGUGGGGUGCUUCCUCCUCCACCUGACUGCACCACUUAACUCUACAAUGCAUCAGGUCUGUAAUGCAUCACGUUUGCAUGAGCACAGGGGUCUGCCCAGCAUCCAGAAAUCCCCAACAAAUGCACAAACUCCUCUUUCUACCCAGAGAUUUCUGUGUGGCAGAAGAGGAUCUGUUGGAGAAACCUGAAUGCAGGGUACCCUUUUCAUAGGCCACUGGUUUUGGCUCCCCACUGAAACCUUCAUGGAGGAAUCGUGUGUUUUGUGGUUCUUCCUUCUCUGUUUCACUGUGAAUCCGGUGAUGUGUGUGGUCUGAGGGGUGUGUGUGUAAUGUUCCUGUAAGUCUGUUCAAAGCCAGCAGGAGCUCUUGUGAGUUUAGUGGUGAGUGAAGAGCAGGGCCUGGCCCUGAAGUCACAAGACACUGUGGUGGCUGAGAUGACUUGCACAUUUGAAGGGAAGGACAGGCUCUGUCCAAGGCUGCUCCUGGUGGCAGCACGUCCCUUGCUCAGGGUGGGGUGAGUUGCAGAACAGAGGCAGGGUUGACCUCCGAGGCACCUGCCAUCACUAUCUCUGCUCAGGAGCUCACGAGUGCAUGGCUGGGAUCAAGCCCAGGAACCUUCCCUGUUCCUGCCUCUGGCUUACACCAAGCCUGGGCCAGUUGAGGGCACCUCCCAGCAGGAGACGCUGUCCUGCUGGAGGGAUGAGGAUGGCAUCAGAAGUAGCUGGGGCAGCACCUCAGAGUCACAGCGUGGCUGAGGUUCAAGGGGUCUCAUCUGCUCCCACCCUCCUGCUCAAGCAGGGCCACUGAGUCCCAGCUGCCUGCCCGGUAUUUCUGCAGGCAGGGCUGAGGCACAGCGCUGGGGUGGGAGCCCUGCGCCUGCCCCUGAGACCCCUUUGCCAUGAUGCUCCUCUCCCGGCGGGUGCCCACGGUGUAAGUUGGGGAUUCUCCUGUGUAUGUGUGAGCGAGCAGAUGUGGUGGGCCCUGUGUCAGGGAGUGUCUUGCCAUGCGGCUCCAUAUCUGUGCGAGAUGGGCAGCUCCUGUCUGGCAGAUACCAACUGUUAAAUAAGAAAUAUAUUUAAAUACAGAUAUAUCUAUAUUAAAACAAAUAAAAUCGAUCCUAUUAAAGCUACAACA